AAGGAAGCCUCGGACAUCAUCCUCACUGAUGAUAACUUCUCCAGCAUAGUGAAGGCCGUGAUGUGGGGCCGCAACGUGUACGACAGCAUCUCCAAGUUCCUGCAGUUCCAGCUGACGGUGAACGUGGUGGCCGUGAUCGUGGCAUUUACCGGGGCCUGCAUCACCCAGGACUCCCCCCUGAAGGCCGUGCAGAUGUUGUGGGUGAACCUCAUUAUGGACACGUUUGCGUCUCUUGCGUUGGCGACGGAACCGCCUACAGAGUCUCUUCUGCUGCGCAAACCGUACGGCCGGAACAAGCCGCUCAUCUCCCGCACCAUGAUGAAGAAUAUUCUGGGCCACGCCCUCUACCAGCUGACCCUCAUCUUCACGCUGCUAUUUGCUGGAGAAAGCAUCUUCAGUAUCGAUAGUGGAAGACACGCCCCCCUGCAUGCCCCGCCCUCAGAACAUUACACCAUCAUCUUCAACACGUUCGUCAUGAUGCAACUCUUCAACGAGAUCAACGCGCGCAAGAUCCACGGCGAGCGCAACGUGUUUGAUGGAAUAUACCGGAACCCCAUCUUCUGCGUCAUCGUCAUCGGCACCUUCGGGAUCCAG